AAUGGUAAUAAGGAGAAGAGAUUUCCCAUAAUCUCCUACAAGAAUGGAAAAAGAAGCGCCGGCGCAGUGCACAUCUACCAUGUGUUAUCGCUCUGGCCAUCAGAACGAAACGACGGAUGCAUUUGUACUUGCCAAUGUAGCAAGACAUCUACCUACUCGUGUGUUUUUGGAGUGACAAAUUCAAUAAAGGUUCUGGAGAGCAAUUCCGUACUCUUAUGUUGUAAUAUCGAGUGACAGUAGGUAACUGGGCCAGAUCAACCAGAGGAACAUCGUAGACAACAAGUCUAGAAAGUUUCGUAGCAUUACGCAAAAUUGCCUUUUUCUAGUUUGAGAAACUUACACUUUAUCAAGUACGCGCGAAGGUUUCGUAUAGUUUUAACGUGAAACUGUGAUAUUCGUCGGUUAACAAUUUCAAACGAUAAGUAUUGAAAAAUCGAAAAUGGGAAGCUUUUUUUCGCAUCCAAGUGGGGCGGAAGUGCUCAAAAAGAAUCAGGAGUACAUUUCCGAGAUGAACAAAAUUAAGAUGGAACGAUGGAUACAGAUGCACUUUCAAAUGAAGGAACGGGAAGCUGCGAUGGAAAUAUCCCGUGCAAGGGAGCUCUUCUAUUGGCUUGCCUCAUUCUACUGUGUGUCCACGGUUGGCUUCAUCGGUCGGUUCAAUCGCACUAAGCGGCCGGGAACGUUGGCACCGAUAGUGCCAUUGACAUUCAUUGUGGCUUAUUACGCCGAUCUGGCGUACGGAACCAAAGUUCAUCGAAUAAUAGCCGAAGCAGAAAUGAUCAUGCAACACGAACCGGAAUUAUUGGAGUGGCCCAGUGGGUUGCCAACGGUAUCGGAAAUCGAUUCUGCUCGACUGGAGAACGACGACAAGAUUCGUUUACAUCCUCAUCAGAAUUAAGAAGGGGACAACAUUUUAGCAUAAUAAUAGCUCAAACACCGUGGUAGUGGUGGUGACAGUGAGAAUGAUAGAGAGGUAAUCAAAAGCAGUAUUGUAGAAAUGGAAAGCACCUUAUGUAAUAUGAGAGGUAUAAACGGAUACACAUCAUCGUCAUCAUCAGUAAAAGGAUAUACCAUUCCAAGUGAGAUCAUCUAGGUUAAUCAUGUAAGGGUGUGGAUUCCAAUCUAACUUUCUAAAUAGCUCCCUUUGAAUUUCUACGUAACAUCGAUAUAUCUUUCAAAGAUUAUCCAUAAAUGACGUAUAUUUUUGUUAGAAAGUUUCAUGAUUGACUUAUUCGUCAGAUUGUAUAAAUUGGAUACCUAAUAAUCAAUCAUGCAAUGGCUAUAUAUUUCAAAGUCUGAAGGUAUCUAUGCUUGUCAUCUUUAUGACCAUUAGUGUUAAGUCAGUAUCAACAGAUUAAACUUGAUAGAAUGCAUUAU